CACACUUCAAAAUCAAAUGAAUCCAAAUAUUUCCUCCAGUCUUGAGAUUAUUCUUUCGCCAAUUAUACAAAGUAGUCGACGGGCGCAAUAGUCGGUGAAAUGAGCACGGAAUUAUGAGAAUUAGCGAAAUUCAAUAGACGUCAAUAGCCGAAUGGAGAGCAGCAAGUGCCAACGGCGACAGCUACGGACGUAAAAUAUAGUAAAUUAAACGAAAUAGAAGGCAGCAUACUUGCAGAGGAACAACAAUUUAAGGGCGAUUUCAUGGAACAACUACAAUGGCAACAAUAUCAACUUGAAUUACAGCAGCAGCAACAGCAACAGCCACAAGCGCCACCACCGACAGCAUUUUGCAAACACUGGCUGCAGCAGCAACAGCAACUACAACAGCAGCAACACAAACUGCAGCAGCACCAACAACAACAACAACAAAAGCAUACGCUUGACUAACAAGCACAACUACAACUAGAGCUGUAGCCGAAGUUGUCCUCACAAUAGUGGUGCUGUGCUCGUUUCAGCUGAAAUAUUAACUGGGGCGGCAACAAGUAGGUAACGGGAAGGCGGAAAACAUGAGUGCAACAGCAACAGCAGCAGCCAAAAUGAACAAAAAAAAGUUACUAAAACAUAAGUAGUUGAAGUAAGUGUAGUUGAAUAGUUUCGUUCCAGCUGCCACAUGGUUGUGGUUGCGCCAAAGCAUACGAAUGUGUGUGGCUGCUCG